CAAAAAUUCAUGAUAUCAGACAACAAUGACAGUAUCAGAAACAACAAUAGACAACAAUGACAGUAUCUAAAAGCCAGUGAUGCUCAAUUCUUCCCUAACACCACAGGGGCUGAGAGAAUGUUUGAUGUAAUUGAAGACAUGACAAAUUCACGACCGAAUUACAUGUUCAUGCUGUGCUGGAAAUACCUGACUCCUCUCGUGUCCCUUGUGUCUUUUGUCUGUUCAAUGGUUAAGUACAAACCUCUCACUUUUAACCGCUGGUAUGUGUACCCGGACUGGGCGUACGCACUAGGCUGGUUACUGGCCCUGUCCUCCAUUCUGCUGGUGCCUGGAUGGGCGCUGAUCCGACUGUUUACUGAGAAAGGAAGCCUAAAACAGCGUUGGCGUCACCUGUGUAGUCCUGACACAAACCUCCCUUUUAUCUGUAAGCAAAAAGCUGAAAUGGAAGAAAACACCUUCAUCACAGAGAUGCAAGACUUAGUCAAGAGUGACACAAACUAAAAGAUGCUC